AUGACAAGCAACAUCGACCGCUACCUCAGCAUCAUCCCGAAAGCAGUGGUCGACACCACUAAGGCGCUCAAGACGUAUCCCAAGCUCGAGGCUGUUCUCCAGGGCUACGCAUCGAGCAGCACGGAAGAGCGAUCGAAGGAAGAGAGGAGGGCAGAGCUGGAGAAGAAGCUGCGACCGAUCCUGACCGACGCAGGAGUGGGUAAGAAGGCGGUGCUCGAGAUUGUCGAGGCGUGUCUUGCUGUUCCCACCACCGCGUCUGUCCCCGAAGUCACCGCGCAAUCUAUCGCUUCCUCUUCGAGCAAUGACGCGACCGCACCAACAUCAAGCGGAUCCACAUCGAAGGAGAAGUCCGAGCGCAGCCGUAAGUCCGAACGCACCCUCAAAGGGGCCGCUGCCCGACGCGCCUCUCCCAGCGAAGAGGCGAGCGCCGUCCUAGCCGACCUCUACCUCGACAACCCGGAUCCCAAAGUCCGCCUCAUCACCGCCCUCUCGCAAGAAUCGCGCUUCCACCUCGACUGCACCGAUACCGCGUCGCUCGACAUCGACCUUUCUGGGGUCACCCUCACCCUUGCCGGUCGGGACCUCCUCUCUGAUGCGCACCUUCGUUUGAAACCUGGCACGCACUAUGGCCUCGUCGGUCGGAAUGGCAGUGGCAAAUCGACACUGCUCACUGCGAUUGGCGAAAAGCUCAUUCCAGGCCUAUCAAGGGGGAUGAAGAUCCUAUUCGUUAGCCAGCUGACCAACGCGCGCGCGGCGGAGGAGGACCCGGAGGCGACGGUGAUCCAGGUGGUUGUGCGGAGCGAUACGGAGCGGAGGCGGGCGAGCGACGAGUGCGAGUCGUUGUCCAAGGUGCUCGAAGAGGCGAAUGAGGACAAGAUAAGACGGGUAGUAUUGGGACUGGAGCUGGAGAGAUCGAAAGAGAGGUUGCGGGAGGCGAGGAAGCUAGCGGUGAAAUGGUCGGGCGCUCGAGGGUUGGGUGCGAGAAAAGACCUGCUGGUGGCAGAGUCCGAGUUCGAGGCUGCCCAGCAGGCUCUCCGUUCCCCACCUUCCUCCGAACAAGUGGAUGCGUCGCACUGGUCGACGCUGGCGGGCAAGAUGCUGCUCGAGUCGCAAACAGUGCUUGACAGCGUCGAUGCGACCACCACGGAGGCGCGCGCGCAGAAGAUCCUCCACGGUCUCGGGUUCAGUCCCGACCGCAUCCUUGCACCCUACAGCACCCUGUCGGGAGGCUGGAAAUCCCGUGCGUGCCUCGCAUCCGCCCUGCUCCAACCCGCCCACCUGCUGCUGCUCGACGAACCAGUCAACUACCUCGACCUCCCCGCGGUGCUCUUCGUGCAAGAAUUCAUCGCCACCCUCCCACACACGGUCGUCACCGUCUCGCACGAUCGCGAGUUCCUCAACGCCGUCUCUUCCUCCCUCGUCCUCCUCCGUCACAACAAGCUUCAAUACUUCGACGGAAAUCUGACCGACUACGAGCGCGAAUCGCGACGCGAACGUCUGUUUCGUCAACGUCAAUCCGAAGCACUCGAUAAGAAGCGCGAAAAGGUGCAGAAGUCGAUCGAAUCCGUCGCGCGAGCAGCGAAAAAGUCCGGGGACGAUAACAAGAUGCGCAUGGUCAAGAGUCGACAGCGCAAGCUAGACGAGAGGUGGGGUGUCGAGGUGAAUGCAAAGGGGCAUCGGUUCAAGCUGAAUCGCGAUUUUGGUGGAUACCAUCUGACCAGUAGAGGUGGGGUCGAGACCGAGGCCGAGGAGGAGAGGGUCAGAUUUUCGUUCCAGGAUCCGGAGGGGUUGCGGUUUCCGGGGAAUCUGGUGCAUGCGGAAGGGGUGAGUGUGAAGUAUAAGGGCGCGGAGAGGGAUACGAUCAGGGGUGUGGGGUUGACCAUUGGGCCAGGAGAGAGGGUGGGGGUGGUUGGACCGAACGGACAUGGUAAGACGACACUGCUCAAUGCUAUUACGGGCAAGAUCAGUCCUAGCAAGGGGACGGUGGAGCGACAUCCAAGAGCGACGAUCGGAAUCUAUGCACAGCACACCCUCGAACUGCUCAGCUCGCUCACAACGACCGCACUCGCCCACUUCACGGAAGCAUUUCCAAGCGCACCCGAAGCACAGGCGAGAUCGUUCCUCGGUCAACUCGGGCUCAAGGGUCGUACCGCGGAUACGAUCCCGCUGACAGGCCUGAGCGGUGGACAGCUGGUGCGACUGGGUCUCGCGGAGGUCAUGUGGAACAGCCCCGACCUGGUCAUCCUGGACGAGGUUACGACGCAUCUCGACAGCGAUACGAUCGACGCGCUGAUUGACGCGCUGCAGGCAUAUACCGGAGCGGUGCUGCUGGUGAGCCACGACAGGUACGCCGUCAAGCGCAUCAUCGAGCUCGCCCCGGAUCCGGCUGCGGAUGACGAAGAAGAGGAAGACAGGGAUGACGAGGAUGAGGUCUCAGACGUCAAGACGGCAGCGAGGGAGCCGGGAAGGACGUAUUUGCUGCAGGAUGGCUCGCUCAAGCUGCUCGACGGCGGCAUGGAUCGGUACACAAACUCGGUCAUCAGGCGACUCGAGGCGACGUGA